AUGGCCCCCGCAACGGCUGCGAACACCAAGCUGUCACCACCCUUGUCUUCCUUAUCCUCCAUCCUCACAGCAUCCUCCCACGCCCACGCCCACCCCAACCCCAUAAGCUUCGACUCCACCCCCUCCACGAAACUCGAUCUGCGGAAACUGCAUUCAGCACUUGCCGCGAACGAGCAAAAGAUGGUGCAGACUCAGAAGACGCUUGAAGGGUUGUUUUUGACGUCGAAUCGGUUGAGGGUUGGGGUUGAGGUGUCGAGGGGUGCGUUGCAGGGGGUUGUGCCGAGGGUUAGGUCGGCGGUUGAGCCUUAUACCGUGAGGAAUUGA